CCAAAUAGGACACAUCUACAGUAACUUAAAGGCGGGAAAAAUUAAAUAAAGUUUUCUUUUUUCUACGUUUUGUAACCUGGGAAGCGAUAACACAUUCACCAAAUGUGACGGACUAUGGAUGCAGAGUCCCGUUAUUUUUCCACUUUAGAGAAGAAUUGACAGGAGAUUUACUUGAACUUUUUUCUUUUUUUUCCUUUCUUUUUUUUUGUCAGCAUUACACGACAUAACCUUACAGAAGAACAUGGAUGCCUAUUUGCAAAAUGAGACGGCUGUGAACCCCGAUUGCGUCGAAGCGCACGCUGAUGCGCCUCAGAACGGAACCGGCAACUGGAGCUUGGAGACAUCAAACGUCAACUGUGGAAACGCGUCCACACUCCUCAUACCUCGGCGUAUGAGGCGGAUAGAAGAUGGCCACACACUGCUGCUGAUCCUGCUCUAUUCGCUCAUCUUCUUCCUGAGUGUGUUCGGCAACCUGCUGAUCAUUGUGGUGCUGACGGUCAACAAGCGCAUGCGCACUGUGACCAACACCUUCCUGCUGUCGCUGGCCUUCAGUGACCUGAUGAUGGCCAUCUUCUGCAUGCCCUUCAACCUCAUCCCCAGCAUCCUCAAGGACUUCAUCUUUGGAGCUGCCAUGUGCAAGAUAGUGUCCUACCUCAUGGGCAUAUCAGUGAGCAUCUCCACAUUUAGCCUGGUUGCCAUAGCGAUUGAGCGCUACAGUGCCAUCUGUAACCCCCUGAAGUCACGGGUGUGGCAGACCCGUUCCCACGCUUACCGGGUGAUUGCUGCUACAUGGGUGCUUGCCUUCACCAUCAUGAUCCCCUACCCAAUUGUCAGUCACCUGGAGUCUUUUCAGCGUCAAGACAGAACCACAGCUCACAUGUGUCGCCACAAGUGGCCCCUUGAGACUGCAGAACAGACCUGGUAUGUUCUGCUUCUACUUGUACUGUUCGUGAUUCCAGGGGUGGUGAUGAUCGUGGCCUAUGGACUGAUCUCCAGGGAGCUUUAUCGAGGCAUCCAGUUUGAGAUGGGUCACAAGAAAGACUCUGCUGAUGCGAAGAAUGGCCUGACCUCCACUGUGUCCAGCGGCAGCGACGACGGUGACGGCUGCUACGUCAAUGUGGUCCAGCGCCCGCACUCGAUGGAGAUGUCCACCAUGGCUGCAUCGGGCCGGGCGAUGAAGGCGGAAAGACCACGCAGCAACACAUCGGAGGCCAAGCUCGAGGCCAAGAAGCGAGUCAUCCGCAUGCUGGUGGUCAUUGUUGUGAUGUUCUUUCUCUGCUGGAUGCCGCUAUACUGUGCCAACACCUGGCGGGCUUUCGAUAACAUCUCCGCCAAUUACACCCUCUCGGGCGUACCGAUCGCUUUCAUCCAUUUGCUGUGCUAUACCUCUGCUUGCGUCAACCCACUUAUUUACUGCUUCAUGAACACCCGCUUCCGCAAAGCUCUGUUUGUCACCUUCUCGUGCUGCGCCGCGCCCUGCCACCGCCGCCGCCGCCGCGGGCUGAGGGACAACGAGGAGGACGUUAUGGCAACCGGGGCGUCCAUGUCCAAGUUCAGCUACACCACAGUCAGCACGAUGGGAGCCUGCUGAGGGAGAAGGAUGCAGACGCAAUCCAGGAGAGACAGUUACUACGGCAACACGGCCACCCCACAUCCUUUUGUUUUUAGGCUGUGAUCAUAGGAAUGGGGAAGAAGUGGAGGAACAGGCCAUGUAAUGUAGCAGUAGCAAAGCCUCAUCCAUGACUGUGAGUAAAACACUGUAGAGUUUAUCUGAAACCAGUUUUAUAGUGUAUAUAUACCUCCGCUGCUUCACUUAAAAAGCACAAAAAACAAGUAUACAGUUGUGUCUUGUCAUAACUCUUAGUCAUUAUGUAGCUAUUAAAACAGGAAAACCACUAGCGGUUUCAUAUUGUGGCAUCCGUUAUCGACGUUCAUCUUGCGUUAAUGACGGUAACGCAGUUGCCUUGUGCAAGUGCCUGCUUCGUUAUAUUUGCCUAAUAUUUGCCGCGUUCAUCAUCUGCAUAAUGAUCACAGGCAAAACUUAACUGUAAGGGUUUUGAGGCAGUUUUAACAGUCCUUGUAUUGUCAUGUGUCUGAUAUGAUAUAAAAACAACUAAACUGAAAGUAGUGUAUAUUGCUAUGUAUGUAAAUACUAAAAAAAAAGAAAAAAAGUGUAAAGUGUAAUGAAACUUUUUUAAAGCAGCAUCUUAACUAUGUCAUAUAUCAGAUAAUAGGCUAUAAAAAAUGUGACCGUCAUGGAGCAUACCACACAAAAUGUUUUAUGACACCAACAACCCACUACAGUGCAGUCAUGCCAGUUAUACAAUUUGCUGAGCAAAAAACUAAUUUUAUUUAGUUUUUUUUGAGAAGAUGAUGGAGUGCACCAAAUAGUCAGUUCACAGACGCUUUACCUCCAGCACUUAGGUAUUAGUUCAUGACUCAGCCCCCUGAUAAGAUCACCGGCAGGCUACAGAGGUUUCAGAGGUCUCUCCUUGGUCUCCCGACCCCUACUCACCUCACACUAAUCGUGUUGCAGCAUCAGCCCUGGCAGAUAAAAUUGGCAAAUGUCUUUCAUGGCAAAGCACAGUGCUGUUAGUUUCACAGCUAAUACAUGUAUUGCUCGCUUUUAUAAGAUCCUAUUAAGGCUUGCAUUUGUUAGUUUUUGUAAUUUCUUCUAUGAACUACUUUAGAGAUUUCCAUCAUGUUGUUGCCUUACCAUGUGAGAAUAGACAUUACCAAGGCAGACAAACUUGACUUGCGCUGAAACCUCAGUCCACGUUACAAAAAAAGUGUAGCAAAUGACAAUCGACAGAGCCUGACUAGCACAGCAGAAGUCUUGCCAAUCAAUUAAUUUGAUACUCGAAUUACAAUGACACCCCGAGACAACCCUGUCUUCGCCCAGAGAGCCGCAUCGUUGACCUUCUCCUCGUGACUCCCACCCCAACAUAUCUGAAACACAAGAGGCAGCCAUUCAUCUAGCUGUAGCCGUUGACAUUGUUUGAGCUUGACUGCCCUGUGCUGAUUACCACGAGGGUGUCAGUGACAUCAAACAAGAGUGAGUUAAUGGAAAAUAGAUUAUGUUUUUCGAAAACAGAAAUGCCCAUCUAAUUGCACAAUCUCGCCGAACCUUGGAAGAGCUUCUCUCUGUGAGCGGUGUUCUCCUGCUGCAGACGGCAGGAAUUUAUGCAUCAGCUAGGAGCACUUCCAGCAUCAGAGGACAACUGUAAUGCAGCCGUCAGUGCUGCUGUUUAUGACUGACACUUGGAAAAGUUUUUUUUUUCUACAGAGUGCUAAGAGACAGUGUCACAGAGGCCAGUUAUAUAUUGCUAACCACUAAAUGUCAUCCUCUAGAUUCAAACAUUUAAAGAGUACUCCAGCUCAAACGGGUUAUUAUGCCCUUGCACACAACCAAUUACUGACAUAUGCCAAAGAUUAGUUCCUUAAAGAAAAUUAAACAUCAAUACGAAAGUAGCAUUGGUGAUGGACAGUUAGAGGCUGAUUCAUAAAUAUUUAAUAAAUUGCGUUCGGAAUUACCGAGAAUGGAAUAUAAUGGAAUUUUCUCAUGUUCCACUCCACUCCGCCCUGGAACAAGCCUGAUCCACGGAGGCCCCUCCUCUCGACCCAAAUUAAAAACACUCUGUUGCCAGACACCACAGGACACCCUCAGAGGGCCCAUGUCCAUUCUCUGAUGAGCCACAUCUGGAGCCACAAGAAGAAGCCUACACAAUAUUAGGAAAGUGGUCAUAAUGUUAUGCCUGUACACUCUGAUCGUCAAUCCUGCAGAAGCUUUAUUGAAACAAGAAAUACACUUAAGGGUCUGGUAGGGGCAGAAAUAUGUUGAUAUAAAUCCCUAUUGUCCGUAACGUUGCUAUGAUGAGGUAGAGGUGUCUGCAGUAAUUUGUAAAUGCCUUAACUGAUAACGAUCGCAGCCUCGCGUCCACUUGGGUAAUCAAUCAUCUUCAGCCAAGACAACGAGGUGGCCUUUAUGAAGCGCCCCUGAUGAUGUCUAAACAACUGGGUCCUCUUCAUAAAGCCAGCACAAAACUGCGAGGGCUUGAUUGAUUUCUCCCUUUACCACUCUCAGCUCCCCCCAGUAACAGCUUCUUAUUACCGUGUUGACAGUGGCAGCUCUAACCCUGAUCAUUAUACGGGUCCCUCUCUAAGCGAUGCGUCGAUUUGAUUCUCUUCGUGGACGGGCCUUUCCCUGUAAAUGAAAUUGUCGACAUUAGUUACAGCUGAUUAUUUGCCACCAGAUUAACUCCCAAGCAGUGCAGCUGUGCUCGUGCGGACUGCUGCCGCUGAGUGAUAAGGACGCCGUCCACAGGUGCUGCGCAGGGAAUCUCUGGGGCACAGGAGAUGACAGUUUGAGCUGGGUCAUAAUUGUUUAAUGCAAGCAAAGCUGAUAUUUGAGGAGCAGAUGUGCCAGGGCUGGCUCUGCCGGCUCAUUCAUGAUAAAUCCGCUGCGCAGGAGUAACAUUAUUUAAGAAAAGCUUGGUUAUCAGAAUGGCACAUAAAACAUCUCGUCUAAAUGUCCUGGCAAUAUGUGAGAGUGCCCAAAUGGAAAUAUUGAUUAUGUUAUAUUAAUAUUACAUUCAAUUUGCCAUUAAGGCAAGAUAUGUCCGCUUCAAAUAGCAUGAUAAAACUAUUACAGCACUUUCAAGGCAAAAAUAGGCAUCGCUUACAAUCUAAUCACAUGUUAGAACCAGUAAAACAAGCCACAUACUUGAAUAAAUACUCUAUUAAUGCUUGAGUGUGGAGAUUUGAUAUGAACGACCGUAUUAAUAAUCAAGUGAGGCAGUUUUCUCCUAGAAAUUGUUUUGCUGUACAUUGGACCUAGUCCAGGGAUGAGGGAUUAAGUAGACCAAAGGUUCAAAUGUUUUUUUGUUGUUUUUUUUUAUUGCAAACAUGUGCAACAGAAAGAUGGCUAACUGCUGUAAACUGCAGCUUGUGUCUGGGAUUUCACCUGGGGACUGAGUAGGAUCUCGGCCAACUGUGGGAACGUGAAAUUUGCGGCCUCGUGAUUGGCUCAGCUUCGAUAGGGGCGGGGCCUGCUGUGGACAGGAGGGUAAGAUUGACAGGUCUCGGCUAGUGUUGUGCUCUGUGUGAACCAGUGAACCUUUGAGGCACAUCCUGGUUGAGGCUGGUCGAGUGAAGUGCUGAAAGAAAGAUAACAUCUUCUGCCUCCAUUUAUCCCUUUACUAAACAAUGUUGGUUUCAUGUUAGGGGAGGAAAUUAAAUAUAUAUAUAAAAAAAGUCUGCUCAAUCAAGGUUUUUGCGACUCCCCCUGCACUACCUCCGCGAAACCCCCUGUUGAAGACCUCUGUUACAUAGUUUUGUAGGUAAAAAUUACUGCUUCCUGGAUUGCAUCAGGUAUCGUACCACACAAGAGAUGCAGGGAGGCUGGUUAUGAUGGAUGUAUUCAGAUUUGUUUGUGAGGUUACGUCUGGUUGACACAGACUUUGUCUUAUGUCUUUAUGUUAGGGAAAGACUGUGCUUCUGCAUAAAACGUAGUUACCAAGUUACGGUGUAGUUAACCAGAUUGUAUCUUUAAAGUUAACUGAGUGCCUAACAUAAAGAAGCUUAAUUAAGCUGGAGUCAUUACUAGCAGACACUGUACUGCUGAAAUUGAAUAUUUCCUUGGAAAACAUUUUCCUGUUUCGAUCUUCUUUCUGUGGGGUUUUAAAUGAAGGUGACCCCACUAAAAGAAAGACAAUGGAGUCCUUUCCAGUAGAAGAGUCUGUCUGUCAGUAUUUUUUUUCUUUUAUUGGUGUGUCACAUUAAAUGUUACAAAUGCACUGGCAAAAUAGGGUUAGUGCUCCGGAGUGACUAUGUUACGAUGGUUUCUUUAUAUAUUUAUAUAUCCAAACAAAUUCUAUUUGAUUUUCGUUCAUUUGAGAGUCGCAGUAGUUUACAACCACACGGUAGCACGCCUUUAUAGCGUCACUGUGCUUAAAGGGGGGGACUAAAAUUGGCUUAUACACAAAAGCACCAUCAUGAUUCACUGUUGCGUAGAUGAUGAAUUCCCGGGACUCCUGCAGAAGUAUUUGCCCCGGGAAUUCAUGAAGACAAAAGUGAAAAAUGAGCACUGUGACAUUCCAGGAACAGUAAUAGACAGGAUUUGUUAUAAAGCAUUAACUGUCACUCACAUCAGCUGUGUGUGUGGCCCAAAAUGUCGAGAGCAAAGUCUACACCAAAUAGAAGCAGACGAUAAGAGAGAGCCAUUGAAUAUUUGGUUUUUAUUUUUAACUGCAAAAACAAAUUUGUAGUUAAUUAAAUUACUAAAGCCAGGCAGUGAAGUCAGGUCUGGCAUUUUGGGAUAAUUGCCAUUUUUGCCAGACUGGUAAUCCAGCUCUGUCCUUGUAAAUACUCGCGCACAUUUGCUUCUAAAACGUGGAGCUCAUUUCUGUCACAGCAAAGAUUUCAUUGUCCAUUGAAAGAAGGAGCAGAAGAAUAAAAAAACAAAAAAACAUAGUGCCGCCUUUUUAAGGCUGUCACAGACAUCAUUGUUGAGGAAUCAUCAGUCUGAACUAACUGAGUUCUCAUGCACAUGUGCAGACAGUUGCAGUGGUUUUGUAGUGACAGUGAAUUAGUGAUUCUGUGCCACCAUGUCCAUAUGAUCCACGUGGAACAUAAGGGUUAAAGUUGUGUCGUCUGGAGAGUUAAGUACGUGGGUAUUGUUGCGUCACUGUCAAUGUUUGUCGUACCUAAAGCAGAAUUUGGAUUAGUGCAAUCGCUGUGCUAUGAAUGUAAUGCCGUGUGAAGGCACAAAAGACUCUUUGGAGAACAAAAAAAUAAAACAAAAGAAGAAAAUAUAAACUGCUUAACAUCUCUGCCCAUACUCUCGGCUCACCUGUAGCAUAGUUUAUCGAUAUUCUUAACCGUACUGAAACCAGGUGUUAAUCAGAUUCAAAUUAAAUACUCACUCGUGUGUUUAGUGAUGUCUUGUAACGGCACGUGGAAAUGGAAAUGUUGUAUUUCUGUGAUGUGUAGUCGUGUGCCAUGUUUCUACGCAGCUUGACUUGGGGGCAAACAAAUACGAAGUGUUAGACGAAGGCACAUUUAGAUUUACUCAAGUAGUCACAGUUGCCAGGCCACCAUUGCCUUAAAUGUGUUUUGAUUGUACAGUAGCCGUGUGUGUGUGUGUGCGUGUGCGCAUGAGCAAGUCCUCCAUGCAUUUCCCGUGCGUGUACGUGAGUCAACAUUGUUUGAGGCGUAAAGAGAACUGGAGAUGUGAGCGUCCGCUAGUGUUGCUUCUUCAUCCACGGGAGAGCAGAACGGUUAAUUCAGGGUUGAUAUUUUCAGCUGUGCGUUGUUGCAAAGCAGAACUCCUCGUGACGGCUGUCUUUUCUGAAUCGGUGACAACUUUGAGAAAACAAUCUGUGAAAACGUGUUUAAUGUGGUUUUCUUGGCUGCUGUCCACCAUGCUGUCUGUGCUGCUCUGACAUGGUUAGGCCUUAGGUGUUUGACGUGUGUUGUUUUCCGUUCUGGUUCAUGCACUCGAUGGAGGAGGUCGAACAGCUCUACCUCCCUUACGAUGCCAUAGAUUUAUUGCUAUUAUGGUUGUCAUUAUAGACACUAUUAAUUGUUUUUGACAUGGCAGAUGUGUUUUCUCUCAGCAUGAAGAUAUUCCAGUUAGCUUUUGUAUAUUCGAAGCGUGGAAAGUUUUUAUGCCGGCUGCUGUGGCUUACUAAACUGGUGAUCCUCAUGUCUCGACAGAUUAACACUUUAUGUUUUCCUCUCUGUCUCUCUGUCUGUUUGUGUUUCUUAGACGCACAGUGUUCAAUGUUCAACUGCGUGAUUAUCCAGAUGGUAGUAGACGAUAUUUUUUUUUCUUUGUGAAAUGUUAUUUAAAUCUAAUAAAGUCUCUUUGUCAAAUUAAA